ACUGAAACACACUGGGGAUAGAUGAUGGGACGAGGGAUCAUGAGAGUGUUUGGGGAAACGCUGCUCGUCACUGUUUGUUUUCUUCAUCUCUCGGAUCAAGGACGGUUAGAAACAUGUAGCAAACCGGCUGAAUGUUAUUCUUACUUGAAUAUAACACAGAACUCCACCAAUGGUGAUCCACGAAACUGCACGAUAAAAGAUUUUAAUGUGACCAUAAUAAACAAUACGGCCCUCCCAGCCGACGAGGGUUCAGACGUGAGCGUGACGUGCGUUCAUAAUCUCACCAACGCCUUCAUCAGCUGGAAGAUGGACAAUCAGCUUCAAGAAGAGCGAUCAGAAAAAUUCGAGAUCCAGAAUAUUUUAAGAGAAACAUUCCUCGAAUGUGAAGUUCACAGUAUCUGUGGGCUCAUCAACUCUAAUAUAACCAUUACUGUAAACGUUGCCAAUAAUAUGGUGAUUAUUCUGUUGUGUGUGGGCGCCGCGGCUGCGCUCCUCAUGAUGUUCGCCAUCGCCAUGAAAAUCUCGCUGAGGAGAGGACAAGCUCAGAGUCGGGCCAGGAAGAGACAAAGACAACAGAACAUGGAGAACAUCCACAGCACAACAAUGAACACCGUCUCCAGCUACGACUGAGACUGAGACUGAGUCCCGAUCCGGUCUCUGCAUUUCGAAACGUUUCAUUUUACACUCAGAAAAUUGAGCGUUUGGACUACUUCCUGUCUCGAGGGCCAUGUUUGUAGUUCUUUGUAGUUUUUCUUGUUGAUUAGUCUCACUGUAUAAUAAGUGUUCAGUUCACCUACUUUAAAACAAUGGAGGAAACCCAUUAUGUUUAUUUACUUCAUAAUUUUAAGGCAAUGGGUGUACUAAAAAAAACAUUAAAUAAAACGUAAUGCUUAAUUGAAAAAAAUUCCA